AUGCCUUGGGUUCCGGAUUCUGGCUGUAGCAAGCGAGAAGAUUCCACCUCUCAGCUUCCCUUGGCACACCAGGAGAAGAGCGGAUUCUGCUGCAAAGAUGGGAAUGUCGAGAAGCUGCUGGUUGUUGAGGAGGAGGGGGCAUCGGCCCGUGCCAAGGUGCCAGGCGAUCCAGCCAAAGGGGUGCAGAGGAGACUUCUGGUUCACGGGGAAGGAGAAUGCGUGUACCUGAACGACCAUUUUGUGGCGAGUUCCAGCUGCUCGCAGCACCGGCCGUACGCCUGCAGCAAGCCCCAGGCUGCCAUGGGACAGAGUGAUCCAGCUGCCACCGCCAGGCACGAAUGGGUGCCCAAAGCCUCCCUGGUGCUCUCAGGGCGGAGGGACACGGAGCCGGGCCGUGAAGUGCCGCUGGUGUGGCACCCGUGGUGCUUGCACCGCUGCGCUUCCUUCCUCUCCGCCUUUGCCUCCGCUCAGGAGAACAACCCAGCUAGAAGAGCGCUAGUCCCCCGCCUUAGAGCAGACGCAGGCCGCGUUCGCCCCCAGCAGUCGGAGAGCCCGGGAAGCUGUAAAAACACGACCGAGAACGUCGGAGAUGGCAACGCCACCCUGGGGAACGUCUGCUUGGACCUGAGGAAAGCUCUCUGCGUGUCAGAGCUGCGAGAGGCUGAGGGGUGCAAGCUCUGCCCCGUGAACUGGACGCUGCACGGGACCAAGUGCUACUGGGUCGCCAACGGGGUGCGGGUUUGGAGCGCCAGCCGGGAUGACUGCGGGAAUCGGGGGGCCGAGCUGCUGAUGCCGGGGGACCGGGAUGAGCUGGUAAAGGGAGCGAUGGCAUCGGGGGUGUGGGAUGGGGUCUGGGACUGCGCCCGAGGGGCUGGGGGUUUUAGCCUCAAGUGCAUUAAGGAUAAAAAGGUCCCCAUCGGGGUCACCGUGGUCGUAGCGGCGUUGCUCCUCACCAUCAUCGCGCUGGCGGCCGCUCCUGUCCUUCCCAGCUGCCUGGAGGACGGGAUCGGGUACCGGGAGAAGUGCUUUUACUUCGUGGAGGACGAAGCGGACUGGAACAGGAGUCAGAGCUCUUGCCUUUCCCUCGGAGCCCAUUUGGCCGCCGUCGACACCCGGGAGGAGCUGCGUUUCCUCUUGCGCUACGGGAGUCGCUUGCACUACUGGGUCGGUCUCCGAAGGGAAGGCUCCGGACCUUGGAAAUGGUUCAACGGGUCUCUCUUCAACAACCUGUUCGACGUCCGGGGUGAGGGACAGUGUGCCUAUGUCAACGCUGACGGGAUCAGCAGCGACUGGUGCUCCCAGAUGAAAUACUCCAUCUGCAGCCACCCGCAGAGCACCCCGCGUUUCCUCUUGCGCUACGGGAGUCGCUUGCACUACUGGGUCGGUCUCCGAAGGGAAGGCUCCGGACCUUGGAAAUGGUUCAACGGGUCUCUCUUCAACAACCUGUUCGACGUCCGGGGUGAGGGACAGUGUGCCUAUGUCAACGCUGACGGGAUCAGCAGCGACUGGUGCUCCCAGAUGAAAUACUCCAUCUGCAGCCACCCGCAGAGCACCCCGGCGGGACUCAGCAAUCCUCCUGAGCCUCGCCUGGAACUCCUCCCUCGGCAGAGGAAUCACAGAAUCACAGAAUAG